AUGGGUCAAGAAUUAAACCCAGGACAUUACAAGGCGACUUGUUACCAUUACAAUAAAGUUUGGGCAAGAGGAAAACCUAGUGUCUUAAAAGCUCAUCUUGCAAAUGAGUGUUUGAGUACACCUGAAGAUAUUAGUAAAUAUUGGCGUAAUAAGCUUGCAGAAAAUAAUAUUACUUAUACUAAAACAUUUUGCGUACAGUCAAACAUUGAUCAACAUUUUAGAUCAUCUCAACCACUACCUUCACAA